UUCCAUCACAGCCUCCUACUGCCUUCAAGCUGACUGUAAUGUCUUCUACCAGAAUUGCAGCUUCCUGGCAGUUACCUCCAGUCUUUGCCAGACAUGGAAGAAACAUAUCUGGUUUUAAACUGUUCUACAAAAAGAAAGGUUUUGGUGGGUCAGCAACAACAUUGGCAAUAAGUAGAGGAUCAAUAUUAAGUGAAAAUGUCACUGGGCUUGAUAAGUACACAGAAUAUGAAUUUCAAGUGUUGGCUUUUACUUCUGAUGGUGAUGGACCAAAGAGUUCUGUUGUGGUAGAAAGGACAAUGGAAGAUGUACCAUCACAAGCCCCUAAAAGUUUGACUGUGACCGCCAGAACAUCUACAAUUGUUACAGCUUCCUGGCAGUUGCCACCAUUAGACUCCAGAAAUGGAAUAAUUACAGGGUUUAAAUUGUUCUACAAAAAGAAAACUGCAUCAGGGUCAUUAGCCAUGUUAAGGAUAGACAAUGGUGCUAUUCAUGAUAAAACAGUCAUUGGACUAGACAAUAACACAGAAUAUGAAUUUCAAGUGUUGGCCUUCACUUCAGCCGGUGAUGGACCAAAGAGUUCUCCUGUAGUGGUGAGAACCAUGAAAGAUGGAGGUUGUGUUGAGUUUUAUCUUGGAAUGGAAAAUGGAGCAAUUCCAGACAAUAAAUUAACUGCUUCUACUGAACAAAGUGCCAACACACCAGCCAAGAAUGGUCGAGUGAACUAUACAUCCGGAUCAUCAUGGUGUGCAAGAACAAGUGACACCAACCCAUAUCUACAGAUUGAUCUUCAGACACUUCAUAUCAUCUGUGCUGUGUCCACCCAAGGGAAUUCUCAAGCAGAUCAGUGGGUGAAGACCUACACUCUACAAUUAUCCACAGAUGAGAAAGUUUGGACAGACUAUAAGGAAUUAGGUGGAAAGGUUAAGGUUUUAGAGGGAAACAAGGAUAGAAACUCCAAUGUCAAACAUGUUCUAUAUGGAGUGUUAACAAGAUAUUUGCGAUUCCUGCCGCAAGCACACCAGGGUGAGGUGUGUAUGAGAACAGAGGUGUUUGGGCUGCAACAGAAGCCAAGAUGUGAUUCACAGGCAAUUGGUUUGGCCAGCGGUGGUAGAAUUCCAGAUGACAGCUUCUCAGCCAGUUCAAUAUUUGCCCCCAAAUAUGCAGCUAAAUAUGGUCGUCUUAAUGGAAGAGGGGCAUGGGAACCUAAGACUACUAAUGGUCUUGAUGACUACCUACAAAUUGACCUGCUCUAUGAGUAUGUUAUCUGUGCUGUUGCUACUCAAGGAAAUCCACCAACCCAGUCAAUAGGUCAAGAAUGGACCACAGAGUACAAACUAAGAUUUUCUUUGAAUGGUACCACUUUUUUCCCUUAUAAAGAAAAUAAUACUGACAAGGCCUUUCCAGGAAAUUCAGGAAAAACUGACACAGUGAAAAACAGUCUAAAGGAAUUUGCAAGUGCAAAGUUUAUCCGCUUUCUGCCAACAAAGUAUAAUAAGUUCAAGGUUUUGAGAGUGGAGGCUUAUGGAAUACUUUUUACUAAAGUUCCAUCACAACCUCCCACUGCCUUCCAGUUGACUGCAAGCUCUUCUACCAGCAUCACAGCUUUCUGGCAGUUACCACCAGUCUUUGCCAGACAUGGAAACAUUGCAGGGUUUAAAUUGUUUUACAAAAAGAAAGGUUCUGGUGGGUCAGCAACAACCUUGUCUAUUAACAAUGGAGCAACAUUAAGUAGAACUGUCAGUGGGCUUGAUAAGUUCACAGAAUAUGAAUUUCAAGUUUUGGCCUUCACUUCUGGUGGUAAUGGACCGAAAAGUUCUGUGAAAGUGAAAAGAACAAUGGAAGAUGCUCCUUCACAACCUCCAGCUAACUUCAAUGUCAUUCCAACCUCCUCCACUGGUGUAACAGCAUCAUGGCAACUACCACCAGCAAACUCCAGGAAUGGAAUAAUUAAAGGAUUCAAAUUGUUUUACAAAAGGAAAGACUCGUCAGGCUCAGGCACCAUUCUUCCUAUCAACAGUGAAUCAACUUUAAACAAAAAUGUCAAUGGGCUUUAUAAGUACACAGAGUAUGAAUUUCAAGUGUUGGCCUUUACUUCUGCUGGUGAUGGUGUAAACAGCUCUGUUAUUGUUAAUAGAACAAAAGAAGAUGUUCCUUCACAACCUCCUCGUGGCUUUACUCUGGCUGCAACCACUUCUGAAAGUAUAACAGCAUCCUGGCAGUUACCACCAAAAGACUCCAGAAAUGGAAUCAUCAUAGGGUAUAAAUUGUUCUACAAAGAGAAAGGCUCUUCAGGGGCGGGAAGCUCGAAGCUCAUUAACAGUCAGGCAACUCGCUCUCAAGAGGUCACUGGGCUUGAUAAGUACACAGAUUAUGAAUUUCAAAUUUUGGCAUUCACUUCUGUUGGGGAUGGACCAAAAAGUACAGUUGUUUAUGAGAAAACAAAGGAGGCUGCUCCUUCGCAACCUCCCUCUCAGUUUAAUGUCACUGUGGAAUCUUCAACCAGUAUCACAGCAUCAUGGCGGUUACCACCAGAAGGCUCCAGACAUGGAAUCAUCAAAGGAUAUAAACUGUUCUAUAAAAAGAAAGGCUCAGACUCAGUAACCUUCUUGACACUGAACAAUAUAAAAACAUCAGAAACAGUUACCGAGCUUGAUAAAUACACUAAAUAUGAAUUUCAAGUGUUGGCCUUCACUUCUGCUGGUGAUGGACCAAACAGUUCCACUGUUUUCAAGACAACGAUGGAAGAUGCGCCUGAUGCACCUACCUCCUUGUCAUAUACUGAUCUGUCACCAAGCAAGUCACAUGGUCCAAGAAUAACCCUGACCUGGAGUGAGCCUGCAGAAAGAAAUGGAGUUAUCAAAAGUUAUACUUUGUUUUACAGUCACGAUGGAGUUGCACCAAGAGAGAUUUCUGGAAUAGGCAAAGCUGCACUUAGUCACACUGUUGAUGUAUUAGGUGGAGUGACUUAUCAGUUUAAUGUCAGAGCUGUGACUAUUAAACCUGGAAAAAAUGCCACGAAAACAGUAACUACUAAGGAAUAUGCACCCGGAGCUGGCCCAGAACGUCCUUCAUCCGCUCAAGUGAACAAGACGACUUUUAACAUAUCAUGGGAACCUCUAUUAAGAGAAAAGAGUUAUGGAAAAGUUAUUUUGUAUGAAGUCAAGGCCAUCUUCUCGAAGAAAGGAAAUUUGCGCAAAAGAUCUGUAAUUUAUAGCCCCUCUGUCAACACCUCAGUGACAUUUGUUGUCCUGUCUGAUUUAGAGCUUUGUUCUAGAUAUAAUGUGUCUGUUCGAGCUUACACAGCAGAAGGGCCUGGACCUUAUGGCCAACCUUUGGAACUGGAAACAUCAAGACCUGAAGCACCAGGGGAAUUUAAAAUAACAGACUUUGGAACAAAACAGAUUACCCUGGCGUGGAAACAAUAUGAUGAAAAGGAAAAAAUUGUCUAUACUGUGAAGUACACUGGAACAAAGUCCUACAAUAAAACGUUCAGAGAUGAGCAGACUAUAGAAGCAAUAAAGGCAACAACACAGAAAGUAGAAGGGUUGAUUCCAGGCACCACAUAUAAAUUUAGAGUUCAUGGCACCUCUGUUUGUGGCGAGAGCGCUUCCGAAGUCGUCUCAAAGAUGACAGAUAUGAUGGCUCCUGAAGCCCCACAUCCACAUAAUAUAACCGAUGUUGAGGUUUCUCAGACAGCUGUGGAUAUUUAUCUGUGGCCUGUUGAACAAAAAUAUGGUCCAGUAAGUGCUUAUCAGGUUAUUGUUCUGAAAACCGCUAAUGGCGUUAAAGAGCUUCCAGACAAUUAUGAUUCAAAACUGAAAGCUGCCAGUGAUGCUAAGAAAGAGAACGUGAAUUUUUACAUUGCUGCUGAGAUAGAAAAUGACCCAUUACUCAGCAAACCUCAGAAAUUUACCGUUGGCGAUGGUCAUAAAACUAAGGAAUUUGUGAAUGAAGAACUUGAGAAAGGAGAAAACUACAUUGUGUAUGAGAGAGCUCUAACUAAAGCCGAGAAGGGGGAAUUAAAGGGAUACGCAAGCAUAGUUGCCAAAAUUUCCAUCACCUCUACUACCACGGAAGGUGAGAAAAAGGAAACGUCCAGCGGUUCUAACGCUGCGGCUGUUGCUGUACCAGUAGUCCUGUUGUUACUCCUCAUACCAGCAGUUGUUGUCGCUGUGUUCCUAUACCAGAGGAGAAGGCAGUCAAGAUCCAAAAGUGCCGGGGAAAGAUCUGUUCAACUAGAUGACAUUAAAGACGAUUCUCAAGACCCUACCUCAAGUACAUCAAAUCUGGUCUAUCAAAAUGUAGGAGACAUUCGUCGAACAAUUCAUGGUGCUGAGAAACAGCCUGUUAGUGAAGAAGAAGAAGCUAUUUACAGUGAGGCUGACGAUGGUAAACCCAAACCAAUACCUGUGGCUGAGUUUCCAAAAUACUUCAAGAAAAAAUCAGAAAAUGGUGCCAUUGUGUUGCGAGAGGAAUUUAAGUAUUUACCAGGUGGGAUGCAGUUUGCUUGGGAGAUCGGUAAGAGUAACAGAGGCAAGAACCGUUAUGGAAACAUUGUUUCAUAUGAUCAUUCUCGCGUUUUGUUGGAGGAAAUAGAGGGUGACAAAAACUCCAGCUACAUCAAUGCAAGCUACAUUCCGACCUACGAUGAGGUCACCAUGACCUAUAUCGCAACACAAGGUCCAACUUCUACAACUAUCGCUGAUUUCUGGCGAAUGGUCUGGCAGGAAAACAGUUUCAUCAUUGUGAUGCUUACAAACCUGGUUGAGCUGGGAAAGGGCAAAUGCGAUCAGUAUUGGCCAGACGAUACUUCCAAAUUUGGUGCUAUCACAGUUACCCUACACAAGACUGAAACAUUUGCCGAUUACGUCAUCAGGUCAUUGAUUGUGACAAAGGACUCAGAAAAAAGGGCCGUGCAGCAGUUUCAUUACGUCACUUGGCCAGACAAAGGUGUCCCACAACAUUCCACAGCUCUACUUGGAUUUAGACAAAAGAUUCAUGCGAGGCACCAGGCGACUGGUGGACCUCUUGUUGUGCAUUGCAGUGCUGGUGUUGGUCGAACUGGCACAUACAUUGCUAUCGACGCCAUGUUGGAGAGUGCUGAGAAGAUAAAAACUGUGUUUAUACAGAAUUACGUGCAAGUCAUGCGUAGAUCUCGUCCUCAUAUGGUUCAGAAAGAUGACCAGUAUGUUUUCUUGCACCAAGCAGUGAUGGAAGCCUUGGUAUGUGGAAAUACAGAGAUUAUCCCUCAGGACCUACGAAUUGCGACAAACAAGCUUGCCAAGGUGCAUAAACCAUCCAAAAAGACUGGAUAUGAACGAGAGUUAAAGCGCUUGGAGCUUGUAACAGACGCCCACGCUUCUCAAGAAGUAGCAACGAACGCAUUUAUGCCCGCAAACGUCGUCAAGAACAGGUUCCCCAACAUUGUUCCGCUGGACAAUGCUCGAGUGCAUUUACAAGCGUCUUCACAAGAAAAGAGUUACAUCAAUGCCUCUUAUGUAGAUGACUACACACAACGUAAUGCAUACAUCCUGACACAAGCUCCGUUAGACUGCACUAUUAUAGACUUCUGGCUUAUGAUUUCUCAGUAUGAUAUUGGCACAAUUGUGAUGUUGAAUAACUUGGAAGAAGGAAAGCAGAGUUACCCACAAUACUGGCAUCAUGCUCUGCCAUCAUAUCAAGUAUAUUUAGUUAUUAAUAUCACCACCAGACGAUUCAGCGUCGAGAAUGCAGCGCCCCCUAAGAAGACGUCAACUUUACAGCAUAUACAAUACACUGGUUGGGCCAAUGAAAACUCAUGCCCAGAUCCCCAGGAUAUACUCGACCUGAUGACUACUGUACAGCAGUCUCAGCAGCAAUCAGGAAAUAGAGUCAUAGUUUUCCAGUGCGGUGAUGGUACUGGUCGUAGUGGCUGCGUAGCCACCAUAAUGUCAGUGAUCGAACGAGUCAAGACUGAACAAACAGUUGAUGUUUUCCAGACUGUAAAACUAGUUCGAGCAAAGAGACCAGGUGCAGUCAACACUCUGGAGCUGUACAUGUUUUGUUACAAAACAGUUCUAGCUUACUUAGACUCUUUCAGUACGUACUCAAACUUUGCAGAAUGCUGAAAAGUAUUGCGAAGUAAAAAACAGAUUUGACAGAAAGGAGUGAUGCACAUCUUGUGUUUUUACGAAGCAGCUUUUUCCCCUCAUAUUCAAAUUUUUGUAACAAAUCAUAGUUACCUCUAAGCGGGUGGCCUUUCCCCUUAAUAGUUUUGAUAAAAAAGUUUUGCUAAAAAAGUUUUUAUUACAUAUUUUAGUUAAAAAAGAAGUUUUUUGUCAUAGGAAGUAGGUAAAAUGCGUCCGUGCAAGUGAAGGUGUUGUCAGCUGGAAGAUGUUCACCACUUGAUUGUUGAUAAAUUUACAUCAGAUUUUUAUAUGGUAACUUGACAAACAAGCAUGUGUCCCUGUGAGGCCUAGGAUUAUGGCAAUAUCAUGAAUUGUGUUAUCCUACUUUUCUAAUUAUGUAAUUAAAAGAAAGAGGUACUAGGUGUAUCUACAAAGAAGUUAUUACAUUUUGUGGAGUUUUGUGGUUUUUUUUUUUAGUUAAUUGUAAAAGAAAGUUUUUGAUAACUUACAUAUUUCAUGAUGUCUUUUUUCUUAAAAGUCUAUAAAGUUUCAUAGUUAUAGUUUUCUUUUAACAGUGUUGGAUUAAAAGUGGUUUGUAGUUCUAUAGUUUGUUUUGGAGGGUUAUGGUGCCUUUUGCAUUUUCUCUUUUUAUCUGAAUUUAAUUCACACUGUUUUCAAUUAAUACAUCAGAAUUUCUAUAAGAUUGUAUUUUUCUCAGAAGUAAGAUAGAAUUGUGCAGAUUUUUGGUAAUUAAAUGAUUAACUGAUAUAUUCUUUGAACGAUUAAUUUGGAAUUCAAGAUAUUAAGAUAGAAUUGUGCAAAGAGUUAGAUUUUUGGUAAUUAAAUGAUUAACUGAUAUAUUCUUUCAACGAUUAAUUUGGAAUUCAAACGUGCUAAGCACAUUGAAAUAUAUUUUUACUAAUGUAAAAGAUAGAGUUCACGUAUAUAGUUAGUACAUUAGUAUGUUUUAUGAAUUUUGGAGUGAUAGGCUCUGUUACUGAUUAAAUAAUCUUCUACUAAGUUUAAGAGUAUCUUUUUUACUUUGACUGCGUCCGACUGUUCUUGAAAAUUUCGUUAAAGAAAACCUUCAUUACUGAAACUAUCUGACGUUAAACCAAAUGGAAAUAAAGUGGCAGAGAAGGG